ACGAUAGAGAUGGUGGUGGUCUGCGGCUUGUGGUCGUAAUGGUUAGCGUCAACAGAUUCUGGUGACCCAACCUAGGGUUUUCGACCAGAUUCUGGUAGCCCUAUCUAGGGUUCUGACCAUAACACUAAUCCGGUGAAAGUUGUAGAUCUGGUCAGUAAGGGAAUGACAACGAAUUUCGUGUUGUGUGAAGAAGUGAAGUCCAAACAUCCCAGAGUCACAUAUGCUGAUCUCUAUCAGGAUUCAAACGUGUCGCCUAAUGAAGGAUGUCUUCCUGAUGCCAAGCAAGGCCCAUCCCAUCUCCGUGAAAAAAUGUCGUUAAGAAUCAUAGUCCAAGCUCUUUUCUUCGAGCAGUUGCAGCUCAGGACCUCUAUCGCCGGCUGUUUCUUGGUCUCCAACAAUCUUGCAGACGGGUCAAGACAGUUUAGAAGCGGGUUAGGUGCAGCAUCACAGGAGGGCGGUUGGAACACGGUUGGAACGCAGCGUUGAUACUACUGCUCCUACGUUUGCCACCACCGGUGUCAUCUUCACGAAUAGGUACCGAGACCACUUUCUUCUUCCUUACAAACUUUGUUUUGUAAGUGGGAUAUGGCUUUUGCAGCGAUAAGCCCAUUCUGGCAGUAGAAAACUUACCCAUUUUGACCCAUUACCCAACACUCUCGACAUGCCCCUUUUGCCACCUCUAACCAAAUUAUUUAUAUGAUAGUUUUACAGCU